AUGGCGAUGCAAGCCGGAGUUGGCUUAUCCAGGAUAUUGCUCUUAGCCGGAGCAGGUGGUGUGAAUGAAGCUGCAGGCAGCAAUCAGUUUAUUGGAGGAAGUUGUUCAGAAGCCAACUAUUUUGAUUGGAAACUCUGUUGCAACUUGCAAGCCUCGCUUGUGUCAUCGCUGCCUCAGUUUAUGCGAGAAUACACAGGAAAAGUCGAUGAACUCAUAAAGGACAAGAUCGAAGCUCAGAAAGAGCAAGAUGAUAAAGAGGUUAUGUGCAACAGCCUCAUUGCUUUAUGUUUUCUAUAUCGUCAUGUAAGCUUCUCCACUCUCCAUCAUGCGAAAGAUAAAGGAGACUAUGGAGAAGGCUUUGUGGGAUAA